GGGUAAAUUUGGCGCGCUCAGCCGCAUGUUAUUUCAGUAGUGAUUGCGGGCGCCAGACGUUCGCGCCUUCUUGUGUUUGUUCGUACACGUGACCCCACACGCCGACGGACAUUCGAUAAUUUACAGAUACAAGUCAUGGCGUCGAGAAUAUUGUUGCUAAGCGUGUGGGUGGCAGCUGCGAGCGGUUCACUGGAAGUGGUCAACCAAUGGAAUCACCUCCAGUUCGACUUCCCACCGGACCCCGUGCUGCUGGAGAAAUUCCAGCCUGAGAACACAGUCCCGACAGGCCUGGAAAUCGGCUGGGACCGGCUCUAUAUUGGAAUACCGAGGCUACGGGCUGGCGUGCCGGCUACUCUAGCCUGGGUGCCACGUAGCCUACCGCCAGGUGUUAGUCCCGUUUUACAGGCGUAUCCGGACUGGUCAUGGCACACUGCUGGUCGUGGUGACAUCAACUGUACUGGCCUGGUGUCCGUGUACCGCACGCGCGCCGACCGCUGCAACCGCCUCUGGGUUCUUGACUCCGGCGUAUUCACCAGUCUUGAUGAUUUCCGUCGUGUCUGCCCGCCUAAGAUACUCAUUUUCGAUAUGGCUACUGAUCGUCUGGUGCGCAGCGUGUACUUCCCGCGCGAGCUGCUGCGGCCGAGCUCUCUGCUCACCAACCUAGUGCUAGACGACACGCGCGCUCCCAACCCACAUCUCGCCGCCACCUGCGACCAUAUCUUCGCCUACAUCAGUGACACUGUCACCCCAGGCAUCAUCGUGUACGACAGCCGUCGCGACAACGCAUGGAGAGUGACCCACGCGUCAAUGUAUCCCGAUCCUAACCUCGGCGAGAUUGACAUCACCGGCGAGAAGUUCACCCUCAUGGACGGUGUGGUGGGUCUGGCGCAUUCCCCCGCACAGGGACUUUUGUACUACCAACCGCUUGCUACCGAUAGAUUAUUUAGCGUAUCAACAGCGGUGCUAUCCGCGGGUCCUCUAGCUGAAGGCGCAGACCUGCCAGUCAACCUCGUGGGCCGCAAGUCUUCGCAGGGACUUGGCGUGACCGUCGACCCGAGAGACGACACCAUCAUAUUCAGCCCGAUGACUGAAACCGCGAUCGUUGCUUGGAAUCCCAUCACUAAUUCUCACAGGUUGUUGGCGCAAGAUGCAGAGAAGCUGCAGUUUUGCGCGGAGGUGCGGUGGGCGGAGCGCGAUAAUGGCGCCGUGUGGGCGCUCUCAUCAAGAUUCCAGAAGUUCUUCUUGCGAACAAUCUCCAAACACGAGAUCAACAUUAGGAUAGUACGCGUGGUUGAUGGUGCCUACGUGAGCCUACAGCCGCACGUACUGCGUCGCGCUGCAACGCACUUCAACGCCACCUACUACUAAGUCGACAACACAUUCACACAGGGCCGUAUUUACCGCAUUGAGCGCCUACGAAAAUCAGUCUAGCGCCUUUAAAACUACUACGUUCGCUGGUGCACAGGCGCCCCUUGCACCCGCAGGUCAAACGGCCCUGUAUUUAAACUAUCCAUGUUUUAAAUACAUCUGUCACAUAGGUCCUAACCAUGAAUACCUUUUACAGUGUUUCAAUUACAUUUUAACUUAAUCGUAUUAACCUUUUUAUCGUACGCUGAUAUUAGCCAUAACUAGAAAUCAUGAAUAGCGUAAAAAAUAUAUUCGUUUCGUAUUGGUUAAAAUAUGUCUUUAAUACCGUGUUUUUUGGUUGACGUCCAUAAUAUCAAUCAGCGGCGGUCAAAGGGUUAAAAUAAGUGUUUAACAAAAUAGUGUCUAACUGUAUUUUUGGAGUAAUACAGGCAGAGUUUAAUGCUUACUUAACCAAUGCUUUACUGUCUCACUCAAAGUCUUUAAUUGGUAAGUACAGAAGAACGAACAGACUUGCUAUGGGUUUUUAAGACGAAAAUCCCCGCUUAAAAUUUAGUUAUUUCCAUUUUAUCAAAUAUAAUGACAAGGAUGAUAAUAUGUUUUAUACCGACAUUUUGGACUCAGAAACCAACGGUUAGUUUUCCAAGUACUUGUUACAAACUUAAUGGGGGACCCUUAACGAAUCUCACAUUAAUAGAGAUUAGUCACAUUAAAACCUUAUUAAGUCAUAUCUCUCUAUCUUAGAAUAUUUAUAUAUAGAUAUUAUGUCUAUAGAAUGCUGGUAUAUCUGCCUGUCAUGGGGUUCUAUGCUUAACAUUGGACAGGUGUUUUCGUGUUGAUUAAUUAAUUAUUGAACAAAAUUAUUUUAUUUUUUACAUUUUUUUCUCAUCAAAUUAUUUACAUAUUAUAUUCUCCUAUUAUUAUUUUUUUCAUGACAAUUAGCCAUACUGGGAGACCUUUAAAGGUCACUAAGGGAACUGCUCAUGUAACCAUUAAAGGUCUGUGAGUAUACCAGUUAGUUAUUCUUUUUAGUUUACGCUUAGAAUAGUAAAGUGUAAUGCCAUGCUUGUUUUGGUACUUGGUGCAUGUAUAUUCCUUGCUUGAUUGGCUUUAGGUUAGUUUCGCGUGACGUGAUGUUAGUCAUACUUUUAAAAUGUGAUGCAUGUUUGUUUUAUUUAAAUCUACUCUAUGAUGACUUUAAAAAAGGCUUAGAAGGCUUUUAAGGCUCCUUUUGAGUUUUAAACUACAUUUGUUUUGUCAAAAUGUAUAUCAAACUUUUUUCGUUUCGUUAAUUUCUUGUGAUUGUCGUCGAUGUAUUUAGCUAUAAUUAUUACAAAAUGUAACAGGAAGCCAGUAAUGAACAUGUGAAAUAGAUAAUAAUAAAUAUUAUGCCAGCUUUUUAUACAAAAUGUCAUUAAAAAUUGGCAGCUUGCAUUAUGAUAUCGAAUAAUUAAGUUAUUUAAAAUAUUUUCGAAUAAACAAGCGUUUAUAUUAUAAAAAAUGUACCUUGAUGUUGGUUACCAUGACAAUUGAGUGCGUAGGGUUUGUAUUUUAUAAGUUACCUAUUUCUAUAAUUUGUCUGUUUAUAAUCAAUAAGUAAGUAAAUGUGGGAAUUAACUGCCAACACUUGCAUAGUCGAAUUCGAUGGAAAUUAGAAAUUAUAUAUAUUUAUUUUAAUGGCUGAAAAUUAUCAUUUAUUGUCUAUGGGUAUUUAAAAAGUUUCAUUAUAAAAAUGAUGAUACAAAUAUGUCUUUUUCUAAUAAGCUUGUGAUUAUAAAAAACAUUGUUUAGACUUGUUAUAAUUACAUUGAAUUCGACUAUAUUGACCUAUAUAGCUGUCUUUGUUUUCUCAAAGAGAAAAUGAGGGAUGGCUAUACAGAUAAACGCGGUGCAGUCAUCAAUCCAAACCCGCAGUAAUUGUUAUAAUCUCAGUCUGUGUUUUCAAUGAACUUAAAUACGUAAUUCUAAUUAUUUUACUAAAUACGAUGUCUACUGGUUUUUUUUUUGUAUUUUUAUACUUGUUUCAUAAAAAAGCUUUGUAAAUAGUUACCCUACAUUAUUGCUAUUGAUUUAUUAUAUAGAUAAAUAAUGAAUGUAAUGGCAAUUUAAAUAUUAGCUCUCAAUAAACCAUUAGGUGUAAUGCGUAUCGAUGCUCCACAUAAAUAAAAUUUCCAAAAAAUAUG